UGGUGUUCAGUGCAGGCAGACGUCGUUCGUUCGUCUCUGCCACAUUUAAACCAAAGCACAGAAGCGCCAAGUUUCGACCCUCCUCCGUCCCACUGGUCAGAUGAGUAUCCCGAUACCACCACUCACCGAACAUCUGUCAACCAACCCACCCCCGUCUCUACGCCCUCUCUCUCUUCUCAGCCUCUCUACUGUCAUGGCCUAUCUCACCGACCCUUUGCAUUUCUUGACGCGUUUCUCUCAUCUUUUACCCAUCUGUGCUUCAUACAUUGGCCGUCAUUUUUCUUUCAUCAUCACGACCACCAUCAUAGCCUAUGGCUUUUCUUCACCUGCAACACAAGCUCCCCUCCCAUUGAUCAGAAUCCAGAACCAGUACUCCUGCCGUCCUGCGUUUCUCCUCUCGUCAUGGAGAACACAAUCCCUCGGCCAGUUACAACCACCCCAACCACCUUUCCUGUUACAUCUCCUCCCACCACCACUGUUGCUACCACUCUCAGUCAAGAACAGAAGCUACGAAACAUUGAAUAUGGGAAGGAACUACAACUGGGUUUCUCCCCUCUUCCUCUUCCUCCUGCUUCUGUUUCUCCUCUCCCUCCUACAACAGUUCCUACACCAAAUCAUCCUUUCUCCACUCCUGAAUCGCGCAGCACGGUUCCAUACUCUCAGGAUCAUCAUCAUCAACACCAUAAUCUAAGCGAAUCCCAGUAUUACUCUUAUGUGUUCUCUCCGGAUUAUGCUUCCUCUUCAUCCAUCUUUCCCGUGUUUCCUUUGAUGGUUGAUCCGAGCGUAAUCGAUAAUGGACUACCCAGUUCGAUGGUUGGAGGUCUCCUUGAUGGGUACUAUCCAACCGAAAAGUUCAUCGACAAAGUUGGGUUGGAGAAUUCUUGUUUCCUGGAAUCGAUGGCUCAAUCCCAGGUGCAACAGAAGAGGUUAUGGGGGUCGAUAACAAAGGCUGCCAGAAGCAAGAGAAGGAUAGCAAGGCGAAUGAACUCCAUCUCCUCCCCCCGAGUUGGUCCUCCGAACCAGAACUCUUCUUCCUCCUCUUCUCCCGGCUCUCCAUCUUCCAACAAGAAUCUUUCUUUCUCUGCCGACGCUGCUCAGAGCAACAGCAACUGCGACACCGACAGGAAGAAGAGAGAGCUUUUCACAUUCACCAAACCACAUAACAGAAAACUCCGACUCUUAUUGCAGAAGGAACUGAAAAACAGUGAUGUGAACUCCCUUGGAAGGAUUAUACUCCCAAAGAAAGACUCAGAGGCAAACCUGCCAACCCUCACAGUGAAAGAAGGAUUCCAAAUCACAGUAAGAGAUUUGGCUUCUAGCAAGGUCUGGCACAUGAGAUACAGGUUUUGGCCAAACAAUAAGAGCAGGAUGUAUGUUUUGGAGAAUACAGGAGAUUUUGUGAAGCAAAAGAGUCUCAAGACCGGAGACUCCAUCAUGCUAUAUCAAGACGAAAGCAACCAAUUUUUCAUAUGUGCUAAGAGGGCAGAAGACCCACCUUUUAAAUUUGUAAAAGACCAAAUGGAAGACAGCAAGGAAAAAUUUUGUAACUCCUUCAAGGGAAAGAUUGAAGAGGAUGGACAUGAACCAUCUACAACUGUUGAGGAAAGAAUUGAUGAAGAUGAAGAAGAGACUACUCUGGGCAAAGACAAAGUGUUCAUUUUGGAGGAUGGUGUCUCUUCAAGCAAGAUUAGUUGCUUCAGCAAUGAUACUCUUUGUGGUACUUCUACCCAACUGGCUAAGGAAGCAGUGAAGCCCCAAUCACUGAAGGAAGCAAGUGACCUUGACUGUUUCUUUAGUGAGCUAGAGAUGCUUCCCAAUUUUGGAGCUUGUGACCUUUCUCUAUACAAUGACUUCAUAAAUGAUUUUGCUUAUCCGGGUGGGGAGAAUGGAGUGGUUGCAAAGUGAUUUAUAUCACGAAUUACCUUUUUUUGUUUUGUUUUGUUUUGAUUUAUUGUGUAUAACUAUUUUAAAAAUUAAUUUUGUUUUGGGCUUGGACUGGGAUUUUGAUUUUGUGGGCAAAAGAUCGAGCAAAAGUUAUUGGGCUUGGGUGACAUGGAUGUGUCUCGAUUAAAACUCGUAAGUUUGUCUUAUGGGUACAAUGAAAAUUGUGAUAAAGAUAACAUGUAUUGUUUCUCAUCGU